AUGCUCCGUCAGACUAUCAUCCGACCUGCCGUCACGGCCAACCGUGCUCUGCUGACCCGGUCCUUCUCGGUUGCCGUGCCCCGAAUGGGCGAAGGCGACACUGGCGCCCCUCGCUCUGGCGGCGCUGCUUCUGGUGACUCGUUCACCAAGCGGGAGGCUGCCCAGGAGGCUCUCUACAUCCGUGAGAAAGAGCUCGAGAAGCUCCAUACGCUGAAGAAAAAGAUUACCGAUCAGCGUCAACACCUUGAUGAGCUCGAGAGUCACAUUGACAAGUUGACGAAGGACCAGUCCGGCGGCAAGAACUAG